AUGGAAGACUCUACCUCAACCCCAACACCCUCCAUCCUCGCCCACAUCCUGCUAUUCCUCGCCCUCAGCUAUGCGGCCAUCCACACAGUCCUUACCUACCGACGCCUCCACUCCAUCCCCGGCCCCUUCUGGGCCCGCCUCACAAACCUCCCCCGCGUCUCAUGGGUGCACACCGGCCACGCCCACACAAUCCACUCAACCCUGCACGCCAGAUACGGCGACAUCGUGCGCUUCGGUCCAAACAUGGUCUCGCUCGCUGAUCCAGCCUGGAUACCGACCGUGUACCCCGCCCGCACGGGCGUGAAGAAAAGCGAGUUCUACCGCACCCUCGCGCCGUAUACACCCUCGGGCGCAUUGCCCGCCGUGUUCUCGAGCCGCGAUGAAGACGUGCAUAAGAGGUUGCGGGGGCCAAUUGCGCCGCUGUAUGCUAUGAGCAGGGUGUUGGCGCUUGAGGGGUUCGUGGAUCGGACGCUGGAUGUUUUGGUGCGUGAGAUUGAUGGGCGGUUCGUACGCGGCCAGGGAACGUGUGAUCUUGCGGAUUGGCUGCAGUUCUUUGCGUUUGAUGUUAUGGGGACCCUGACAUUUUCGAAGCGCUAUGGGUUUUUGGAGAGGGGGGAGGAUGUUGGGGGCAUGUUGGAGACGAUUUGGGGGUUUUUGAGGGGGGCUGCGCUGUUCACGCAAAUCCCCUGGGUCGACGAGAUCUGGAACAAGAAUGCGCUUGUGACGAGGCUGAAGGGCGCGACGGGGUUCUCGAUUCUCGGUAUCGUGGGCAAAUUCGUCGCGCAGAGACGGGAGGAGAGUAAAGCUGGUAGGCUGGAAGCUGUGGAUGGAGAUCGCGAUAUGCUUUCCACGUUCAUGGAGAUCCAGAGGAAGAAUGAGCUUCCACCUUGGUUUGUCACAGCCUGGACAUUCUCCAACAUCACCGCAGGCUCGGACUCCACGGCCGUCGUCAUGCGUACAGUCUUCUACAAUCUCCUCUCUCACCCAGACAGUGUAAGCAAACUUCGCACGGAGCUUCUUAACGCAGCGAAAAGCAAAACCCACGGUUUCGCGCGCCCCUAUCCAUCCUGGAAAGACGUCUGCGACCUCCCGUACCUGGACGCUUGUGUUCUCGAAGCACUUCGUCUGCAUCCCCCAUUUUGUCUCCCCUUCGAGAGAAUCGUUCCGAAGGGCGGGAUGAUGCUCGGUGAGAAUUACCUUCCCGAGGGCACGGUCGUGGGCAUGAGCCCGUGGGUGGUGAACAGGCACAAGCCGACGUUCGGGGACGAUGCGGAGGUGUGGAAUCCUGAACGGUGGAUGGUAGACAGGGCGUUGAAGGCUCGGAGGGAGGCUGCUGUUUUAACUUUUGGCGCAGGCCGACGCGUCUGUCUGGGACGGCACAUUGCGAUGCUCGAGUUGAAGAAGAUUGUCCCGGCGCUGGUGCUGCGGUAUGAUUUUGAACUUGUCGACCCUAAGCAACUCCAGGUCGAGAACUACUGGUUCUUCAGACAGCAUGGGAUGGAUGUCCGGGUGAAGAAGAGGGUCUGA